GGCAACCCCAUACAAACUGCGACAGCGCAAAUGGCAGUAUUAUCAGUAGUAUAACAUUUAGUUUAUGUCGUGGUGGUCGAGGAAGAUGACAGCGAAAAGAGCUACAUAGUGUCUUUAAUUUUGCCUGCCUACAGAGAGGAAAUCAAGUUACUUUGGCUCUGCACAAACAAUUUGUAGUGCUAAAGUCAAACUGAAUAUGACUCUUGGGCUGUGUUGGGGGUGACGAAGCAUGUGGUGGAAAUCUCAGGAGGCGAGGCAAAUGUGAUGUCAGCAUGGUCCGUGGUGGAGAGGCUCAAAAUGGAAAAAAGCCCAUGCAGGGAGGACAUUGACUCAAGUAAGGCCCAGCAUGCCAGCGGCGAGUCAGAGCAUGGGAGCAGUUCAGAGAGUGAGUCAGAAGAGCAGCAACGGCAACAGUUGCAGGUGAACAACAGCAGCUGUAAGAGGAAGGAGCCCUUGGUUGCCACAAAACCUCAUCGACAGCUCUGUCGCUCACCUUGCCUUGAUCGACCCAGCUUUUCCCAGAGUAGCACUUUGCAAGAGUUACGUGUCGAUGAAACCAACGUUGGACCAGGGAUCAAGCAUGCCCCUCACAGGGAGUACCAAACGAAGAUGGAAUUUGCCUUGAAGUUGGGUUACUCAGGAGAGCAGGUGGAGACUGUACUUAACAAGCUGGGAGCUGCCGCGCUCAUUAAUGAUGUUCUCGCUGAGUUGGUUAGGCUUGGUAACAAAAUAGAACCUGAAAUUCAAGCCAACGUCAAUACAGCCACAUCAAUAUCUCGUGUCCCCUGUGUUAAAGAGGCUGUUAGUCCAGAGGUGUCACUGGAAGAUGAAGCUGUGGAUACGUUUGAUAACCUUAGACCCAUCGUCAUUGAUGGCUCAAAUGUGGCAAUGAGCCAUGGAAACAAAGAGGUGUUCUCUUGCCGUGGUAUACAGUUGGCUGUUGAAUGGUUUUUGGAGAAAGGACACAAAGACAUCACCGUGUUUGUCCCAGCCUGGAGGAAAGAGCAGUCAAGGCCUGAUGCCCUCAUAACAGAUCAAGAAAUUUUGCGCAAGCUGGAGAAAGAGAAGAUACUGGUGUUCACCCCGUCUCGGCGAGUUCAGGGAAGGAGAGUGGUGUGCUAUGAUGAUCGCUUCAUAGUGAAGCUGGCUUGUGAUUCUGAUGGAAUUAUUGUCUCAAAUGACAAUUACAGGGAUUUACAAAAUGAGAAGCCAGAGUGGAAGAAAUUCAUUGAGGACCGCCUCCUUAUGUACUCAUUUGUCAAUGACAAGUUCAUGCCACCAGAUGAUCCAUUGGGAAGACAUGGUCCAAGCUUAGAGAAUUUCCUUCGCAAAAGGCCUGUUAUUCCAGAGCACAAAAAACAGCCUUGCCCCUAUGGGAAAAAGUGCACAUAUGGACAUAAGUGCAAGUAUUAUCAUCCAGAGCGUGUCAACCAGCCUCAGAGGUCAGUGGCUGAUGAGCUGCGGGCCUUUGCUAAGCUGUCAGCAGUGAAGACAAUGAGUGAAGGUGCCUUGGCCAAGUAUGGCAGUGGUCCAGCUACCGUCAAGGGUGAUAGCAGCUCUGAGGCCAAACGUGUUGCACCCAAACGUCAGUCUGAUCCUAGUAUUCGCUCAGUAGUCUGUGAACCAGAAGAAGCAUUAUCUGUUGUUAGGAAGCCUGAGACAAAUUCUGUGCCUUCCCUCGUGUCUGCUCUCAGUGUGCCCACCAUGCAGCCCCCAAAGAGCCAUGCAGCUGGUGCCUUGAACACGAGAUCAGCCAGCAGCCCAGUGCCAGGUUCCCUGCAGUUCGCGCACAGUUCUUUGGAGCACAUGUCCAGUGUUCAGUACCCACCCAUUUUAGUUACCAAUAGUCAUGGAGCCUCUGUCACAUAUAAUGAACAGUUCCCCAAGUAUGACUCUGUGAGCGACCAUGGAUAUUAUUCACUGCACAGUGAUUUUUCAAAUUUGAGCAUGAGCAGCAUGCAUAACGUUGACAGUUUCUGUAGUAUGGAGCAUGAGCAUGGUGUGUAUCAGAGAAAUCCAAGCCAUUGCCCUGAAUCCUGCCUCAGUCAUUCAAACAGUGACUCAUUCUCCUCUUAUGGGGAGCUGUACCCAAGCUCUGUGGACAGUAGUUUAGAAGAAAACAUGAAGGGGCAUCAGCAGUCUCCUGCACAGGGCAGGAUCCAGUCAUUCUCCCAUGUGUUUCAUCCUGAGGCACUUACCAGGGUUCAGAGUUAUGGGCCUGAGGAGCCCAAGCAGGGCCCCCGUAAGCAGCCUGCGGCUCACUUGGCACCACAUAUCCAGCACACUGCGGUUGGAGCAAGGUCCAGCUGCCCUGGAGACUAUCCCUUAACUCAGAAUGUUCUCCCACCAUUGUCCUCACAGCCCACACGCUCUCUUGGCAUGACACGCAUGGACAGCAUAUCAGAUUCAAGGCUAUAUGAAAGCAACCCUAUGAGACAGAGGCGACCACCACUGUGUCGAGAACAGCAUGCAAGCUGGGACCCUUUACCUUGUGGCAAUGAAUCCUAUGAAUAUCACUCCUACCCACUGAGUAACAGCCUGAUGCCAUGUUGCGAGCGGGUGAUGGUCCGCAGCAUGCCUGACAAAAUGGAGCAAAUUUGGAAUUCACCAUGGGAGAGCUCAUCUAUAGCUGACCACCAGGAGCGGCAUAUCAUACCAGACCACCAGUAUCAAACAUAUCGGAACCUUUGCAACAUCUUCCCAGCUUACAUUGUCCACUCAGUCAUGGAGAAGAAUCCUCAUUUGACAGACCCACAGCAACUUGCUGCUGUCAUUGUUACAAAGCUGAGGUCUUGCCAUUGAGCAGUUAAUUUGGUUAAAAGUCUCAUGAUAAACUUAAGGGAUUCAACAAGUAAUGACUGUCACAAUAUUUUGCUUAUAGACAUCUAUAUGAUGUCACAUAAUUUUGUCAGCCUGAACCAGCGAUAUUUAGAUGAGCACCCAAAUGGAAACCAUAGGAUCUUUUUUGAAUUUGUUGUGUGCCACAUCGCAUGCCCUCAGGAGUUGACCUUUUAUGGAAUGUCUCUGGUGAGUAAAACCUGGUAUUUUGAUUUUAACAUCUCAAAGUUUUUAAAGUCACAAAGUUGGCCUAU